AUGAAUCGACUUUUUAUUAUUGCUAUUGUUUAUCUUGCUAUACAAGGAACAACUGCUGAUAUAAAAAAAAAACGACAAGAAUGUCGUGAUUAUGUUGGUGAUCGUGCAAAUUGUCAACGAUUUGUUCGUUGUUUUCAUAAUUUACGAGUUUUAUUUACAUGUGCUAGUGGUACAGUUUAUGAACCUAAAUUAAAAACAUGUAUUGAAAAAGAAUUAGUUACCGAUUGUGAUGAUUCAAAAGAUCGAGUUGAAAUAAUAAUUAGUUCAAAUGUUACUGCAUCUGAUGAUGAUUAUCCAACAAUUGAAGCUGAUGAAGAUGCACUUAAUAUUAUAUCACUAAAAGAUAUUACAGGCAAAGAUUCAUCUACUAAUGUACAAAAACAAUUUGGUUGUGGAUCAUAUUGUAAAAAUCAAGGUCUUUGUGUUAUUGUUGCUCAAGCAGUCACUUGCCAAUGUCAAAGUGGUUAUACUGGUCAUCAAUGUCAAAUAACACCUCUUGUCGUUCUUCCACUACCAAAUCAAUGUCAACCAAGUCCAUGUCAAAAUGGUGGUACUUGUUAUCUUCGACAGGGUACAUUUGGCUGUUCAUGUCCUAUUGGUUACAGUGGUGUAUGCUGUGAAAUAAAUUUAGCUGCUACAAAUCCAUGUUAUACGAAUCCAUGUGUAAAUGGUGGUACAUGUCAAAUAGCAGGACCUAAUCUUUUUCGAUGUGUAUGUCCAGCUGGUUUCAAUGGUCUUCGUUGUGAAUUACGUGUAUGCGAUCCAAAUCCAUGUUUAUAUGGAGGUAUUUGUAUAAUUAUUGGUAAUUCAUUUCAAUGUCAAUGUCCACCACAAUAUACUGGACCAACUUGUGCAAUUUUAAUUCCACCACCAAAUCCAUGUCUUUCACAACCCUGUCUUCAUGGUGGUACUUGUACACCAACAGGUCCAACAACAUUUGUUUGUUCAUGUACACCAAGUUACUAUGGUCCAUGCUGUGAAAUUCGUAAUUAUUGUAUACCAAAUCCAUGUUAUAACGGUGGUUCAUGUGUUGCUACAACAACUGGUUAUCUUUGUCAAUGUUCAUUUCCUUUUACAGGUAGUAAUUGUGAAACAUUAAUUACUACACCAGUUCCUCGACCUGUUUGUGCCUGUGUUGUUUGUCCAUGUCCAACACCAGUUGUUACAAUGGUCAAUCCAUGUCUUCCGAAUCCAUGUCAAAAUAAUGGUGGUUGUGCUGUUGUUCAAAAUAUAGCUCGCUGCUAUUGUCCAGGUAGUUUUAGAGGUUACUAUUGUCAAUUUGCACGUAAACGAGCUAUGAGCAAUGCUCCAUGUGCUAAUAUGACUUGUAUGAAUGAAGGUGAAUGUUUUGUUAAUGAAAAUGGUCCACAAUGUACAUGUCCAAAACCAUAUUAUGGUAAAAAUUGUGAAUUAAUAAAUCGACCACGAACAUGUACACCAAGUCCAUGUGGUAAAGAUGGUCAAUGUGUAAUAACACAAGAUGGUUAUAAAUGUCUUUGUAAAAAUGAUACAACAGGUGUACUUUGUGAACAAAAGAUAAUGCCAAAAAAUUAUCGUUGGUGUCCAAUAGAUUGUCGUAGUGGUACAAGUUGUGUUUAUGAAGGUAGUACACCUAAAUGUCGUGCUCUUUAA